AGAAUCUAUUUGUAUUUCUAGUAGUACAACAAUGUUACUCGGCAGUAGUGGUGGUAGUAGUAGCGACAGUACUGACUGCAGUAGUGGUGGUGAAGACUCCGACAAACCUAGUAUACGAACGCCCCUCCUUCCCCCUAUAGCCAAGGGAGGGGAGGAACUCAAGGGGCGCGAACAUACGUUACAAGACUUGGCUGACAAUUUAGUUACAAGAUCUUGCAAGUCUAGGUUUGACGAAGCUUGCACUCUCUGCGGGUACUCUAUACCCGUGGCGUUGUCCUCAGCGGCACGCAAUUUCCAUGAUAUGACGGACCAAUUUAUCCUUGGCCACUUGGGGACCGAAUACCUGGCGGCUUGUGGUGUUGCCGGUAUAUGGACAUUUCUCUUCGACGUUAUGGUCCUCGAAUCAGUCAUUCAAUUAUCCACUUUAUGUAGUCAGGCAUUCGGUGCUGGUAACUACACGCUGGUCGGCGAGUGGUUCCAGCUAGGCCUGUGCUGCUUCACUCUUAUGUGUGUUCCUGUUAUUGUCACGCGUUGGUUUACGGCAGACUUUUUGGAGUACAUGGGCUUCGACGCUAAUCUCGCAUACCUUGCAGGGGAAUAUACAACCUACUCGCAGUUGUCAAUCCUCUGUGACGUUGUAUUCUUCUCUUGCCGCUCUUAUCUCUCCGCUCAAGGGAUAGUAAAACCUUCCAUGAUCAUCGAUAACGUGGCGGUUGUUGUGAACCUAGGAGUGGCCUACUUGAUGACCUUCCCUAUGGGACUAGGCCUCAUCGGUGCUGCUAUCGCCACUACCAUAACUCGUUUCCUUCGUACGGUUAUGUACAUCCUCUAUUGCUUUGCAUGGAAAGGGUAUCAUAAGCGUACGUGGGACGGUUGGACGGCCAAGACUCUUACCAACCCGAAGAGAUGGAAGAUACUCCUUGGACUAGCACUACCUGCAGCCUGGGGUGCUCUCACAGAGGAGAUCCAAUAUGAACUACUAUGCUUUAUGGCGGCUAAGAUGGGAUCAGUAGUUAUAGCUGCUCACAACCUGUCUCUGUCGAUGAUGGACCUCUUCUUCGUCUUCUCUACAGGAAUCGGCCAGGGUGUUGGCGUACGUGUCGCUGCUGCUAUAUCGUCCUUCCGAAUAGCAGAUGCUAAAAGAACGGUGGAGGUCGGUUUGGAGCUCACUCUGGUCUCGGGUGUAGUCCUCGGCGCUGCAUACGUGGCCUUGCUACCUCUUCUCGCACCAGCUGCCUCUGAUGAUCCCGAAGUACAGAGUCUCCUUAAGAGCCUCUCUCCCUAUGUGGCUGUUGGAAUAGCUGCUAUGAUGUGCCUUACCCCUGCCUUCCAAGUGCUCCUUAACCAAGGCCGAUCAAAGAUAUCAUCCAACAUCAUUGCGGUUUGUUGUUGGGUCGUCGGUUUUCCAAUUUCCUACAUAUAUGGUCUCAAACUCAACGGAGGUGUCUACGGCCUAUGGCUCGGCCUCAUCGCUGGUUAUGGCACUUCUGUUGUAGUGAUGGUGUUGAUCAUAUGCAAGACCGAUUGGAUAAAGGUAUGCAGGGAGGCUCGUCUACGGUCGGAAGUAACUCGAGGUGUAGCGGCAGCUGCGCAGUAGUAUACGACUAUUCUCCUCAACACAAUAAGCCUGAAAGCGCCCAGCCUGACAAUUCUAUUAGAAUGCCUCUUUCCUCUGUUGCUACUCUCUCAGUGUGUGUGUCAGCUCUCGAAAUGGUCGGUAAUGUUCCAAGGUGUAACAUACCUUGCUUAAGACUGCUCUGUGGGAUGUGUUUUCUACUGUCACCUUCGACACGUGUAAAUCUGUUGUCCUCUCCCAUGUGGUACUAGUCUCGUGAGGGGCAUUGCUUUCCACUCGAUUACUGCACUGACAUAUCCAGCAAACAUCUGAUGAAUUAUCUCUGGUGGCGUGUUGUUAUAUUUGCCGUUAUUUAUUCUUUUAACACCAGUACUAUCACCACACGUCCAACGACUCUUCCCGAGUGAUGACAAUUGACGGCGUGCCAGGCGGGCAGCCGUAGUUGUUGUGGAAGCAGCAAUGGAGUCGGGAGGACUGUGGUGGUUAUGCAAGCCGACGGAUGCCGGUUGGUUUAUAGUGUAGAUGGACACAAGAAUGAUAGAAAGUCUUCUCUCUCAUUAUAAUAUCACUGCUGCUCCGGUUGUUAUUCAUUCGCUCAUGCUGCCCUUCGGCUUAGGGUAGAUGACAGUAGCGCUUAAUCGGAUCAACAACCAUUA